AUGCGCAAAACAGAAGUGCCUCUUCCGUCAAACGUCUCAAAGCCACCGCGUCGCCAGUCGAGUCGUGCGGGCAAAGCAGAGAAGACGGUCCCUAAUCUCAAUCCCGACAUACUCGAUAGCGUCACGGCGUUACGGGCGUCGCUUGAUGGACACGAAGACGCCCCUCUCAACUCGAUUCUGAAGUCUCCGGUCAGCAAUGGCGUUGCAAAAGACACCAGUCUCAUUUCAGAUGAAACCACGGAAGACAAGGUGCUUCCAUCAUCAGCCAUCGGCGAUUGGCCUAAAGCAAACGGUGUAGCCUCUGUCGCCACUACUGCAAAGAACAAGCGAAAGAAGGCAGGUGCGCAGCAGGUCAAAGUGGAAGAGGAUGAUAACGCGGUCGGAGCCGCUGAGAGCGCCAUUGCCCCUGCAGUCAGCGCCGGGGUGCCUGGCGAUCCAGACGACGCCGACGGCCUGGAGGCCGGAGAAGAUGAGGAGCAAGAGGUCAAGGAAGCCUUGUCUCGACCCCCACCUGUCAACUCCGAAUACCUUCCUCUUCCAUGGAAAGGGCGAUUGGGUUAUCCGGCCGACGUCGGGCGGGGUAUGAAGUAUGUUGAGGAAAUUGGUCUCGCCAAUACCCGCGAUAUCAUCAAGAUGGUGCGCUGGAACGACAAGUACGGUAUCAAGUUUAUGCGUUUGAGCAGCGAAAUGUUUCCAUUUGCCAGCCAUGACGAGUAUGGCUACAAGCUGGAACCGUUUGCUGCUGAUACGCUGCAUGAAGUUGGCAAAGUAAUUGGAGAGCUGGGUCAUCGUGUGACGACGCAUCCAGGCCAAUUUACGCAGUUGGGCUCGCCACGCAAGCAGGUCAUCGACAAUGCGAUGCGUGAUUUGGAGUAUCACGAUGAGAUGCUGUCACUCCUGAAGCUUCCAGAGCAGCAGAAUCGAGAUGCUGUCAUGAUUAUGCAUCUGGGUGGAGCAUAUGGCGACAAGCCAGCUGCCAUUGAAAGAUUCAAGGAGAACUAUGUCAGACUUCCUCAGGGCGUCAAGAACCGUCUGGUACUUGAGAACGACGAUGUUGUCUGGUCGGUGCAUGAGUUACUGCCUCUGUGCGAGGAGCUCAACAUUCCAUUUGUGCUUGAUUAUCACCAUCACAACAUCAUUUUCGACGAGACUCAGAUUCGCGAGGGUACCAAGGAUAUUAUGGAACUCUACCCGCGUAUUCUUGAGACAUGGCACAAGAAGAAGAUCACGCCCAAGAUGCAUUACUCUGAACCAACGCCGGCUGCCAUCACUCGCACAACGCGGAGAAAGCAUUCACCGCGUGUCAUGACAUUCCCUCCAUGUCCUGAUACCAUGGAUCUGAUGAUCGAGGCAAAGGACAAGGAGCAGGCUGUGUUUGAACUCAUGCGAACUUUUAAACUUCCCGGCUUUGAGACUUUCAACGAUAUUAUUCCCCAUACACGACAAGAUGAGAAUAGACCGUGGAAGCCCAAGUCCAAGAAGGCGGCAAAGAAGAGCAGGAAGAAGAAGAAUGAACUCGAGGAGCUGGAUGUGAAAACGGAAGAGGAAGAGGAAGAAGAGAAGCCUCCUCCAAUAGUCCCUGACGAAGAAGUAGGUAUGGGAGGACCAGAGGGACGAGUAUACUGGCCUCCAGGCAUGGAGGACUGGCUCAGACCCCCAAAACGCAUCAUCAAGACAAAAACAGAGAACGCCGCCACACCUGCAAAGAAGAAGCGUAAGACGGCAGCUGACGCGGCGUCUGUGACGAGCGAAGCAGGUCCACUCGACGAAGAGCAAACGCCCAUCAAGGCACCAGCAAAGAAGGCUACGCCGGCUAAGCGGGCAGCAGCCAAACCAACCAAGAAGAAGGCAGCACCAAAGUCCGUGCCCACGCCCUCGGCUUCUGACGAAGACGACGAUCAGCUUAGCUCGCCUCCACUUAGCGAUGUAAGGACGGAAGACGAGGCUCCUGCUGUACAGAAGCGAAAUGCACGCUCUGAUGCCACACGGAAGAAGUCUGGUAGGGCCACGGCGCGCGUUAGCUACAAAGAGGAGGAAGCGGAAGACAUGGCCGAGUAGGAAAGUGGAACACGAUUGUGUGUGUGUGGAUGGAUAGGUGUGUGUUGCGUAGCCCCAGCAAGUAAGCAUAAAGACCAAAUUUCAGAUACGAAGUAAAACAAUGGAGCCAUGUUCGGACCAA